AUGCCGAAUGCCACGGAACUUAUAACAAAAACCCUUUCUGGAGACAGCAGAUCAGGACUGGCCAACAUCCGACCUCUAAUGAUGUCUUGGAAAGAGGGAUUUGUUUCGGGUAUUCAUGAGAUUCUGGAACCUCUAAAUGAGUACACGCAGUUACUAGCUCAGAAGCUUGGCCAAAUUGUGAUCAUCACUGGAACUGCAUUCGAUCAAGAUUUUGAUGGUAUCGCUGACUCAGAAAAGAGGUAAUA